CGAAUAAAGCUUGUGAAGAAUCAUAUACGCCAUUGUCUAACAAGGUACCGGCAAAUUGCAAGUAGUCAAUAAAACCUAUCUUAACUAUUAUGGUUGAACAAACUGAAAUAACUGAAGAUGAAGCAGCGUUGUACGACAGACAAAUUCGGCUGUGGGGUUUAGACGCGCAAAGACGAUUAAGAGCUGCCAGGGUUCUGCUUAUUGGUGUGCGAGGUCUUGGUGCUGAAGUUGCUAAAAAUAUAGUUCUUGCUGGAGUGAAGUCUUUGACUUUACUUGAUCAUACCAAUGUAACUGAAGAAGAUGCUUGUUCCAACUUUCUUGUGGCAAGAACAGAUGUUGGUAAAAAUAGAGCAGAAUGUUCCCGAGAUCGUACACAACUUCUCAACCCAAUGGUAGAUGUGACAGCUGACCCACAAGAUGUUGAUAACAAACCAGAUGAUUUCUAUAAGAAUUUUGAUGUAAUCUGUGCACUAUGCUGUAAACCUACACAAUUAUAUAAGAUAAAUACAAUAUGCAGUGAGAACAAGAUAAAGUUUUACUGUGGUGAUGUGAUGGGUUACUAUGGAUACAUGUUCUCUGAUCUUGGAUUUCACGAAUAUGCUGAGGAAGUACAGAGAAAGGUGACAGCAUCAACAUCAUCCCAGGGUGAUGGGGAACCAGCCACAAAGAAAGCUAAAACUGAUGAAAUGGAAACAGUUACUGUCAAAAAUUCAGCACAGUUUACAAGAUUUAAGGAUGCUAUGACUGUAGACUGGAAAUCGUCUGACAAUGUGAAGAAAGUUAAAAGGACACCAUCUGCUUAUUUUAUUAUGAAAGUGCUGUUACAGUUUAUGGAGAACGAAGGGAGGCGUCCAGCUGUAAGUUCAGUGUCAGAAGACAAAAAACUAUUAUCUACUCUGAAAUCUGAAGUUCUGGAGCAAAUAGGUGUGAAUUCUGACCUCAUUGAUGAUGAAUUUACUAGUAAAUGUUUUGCUGAGUUGAGUCCAGUUUGUGCAAUAGUUGGUGGAGUACUUGGUCAGGAAAUAAUCAAGGCUGUGUCUCAUAAAGAUGCCCCACAUAAUAACUUUUUCUUCUACAAUGGUGUUGAGGGUAGUGGACUUGUUGACAAGAUUGGCAGCUAGAUAAACAUGAUGACUUCACAACUAAUUAGUUCCCUGUAGCAAGAAUUACUAUACUGAUCUGAUAUCUGACUGAAUUAGUCUGACUGUAAUACUGAUAUGGCAUUAUUACCUAUAAGCUACUAGUUAUUUCAAAUCUAUGUCUGGUUUAAUAAGUGAUUACUGGUACAAAAUAUCCAUGAUGUAUCGUUCUGUUAUACAAAAAUAUUUAGUUACAGCAUUGAUAGAACACACCUAGAGGUGUAAACAGGUAGCAACCACACCUAUAGAGGUAAUCAGGUGGCAACCACACCUAGAGGUAAACAGGUGGCAACCACACCUAUAGAGGUAAUCAGGUGGCAACCACACCUAGAGGUAAACAGGUGGCAACCACAUCUAUAGAGGUAAACAGGUGGCAACCACACCUAUAGAGGUAAACAGGUGGCAACCACACCUAUAGAGGUAAACAGGUGGCAACCACACCUAUAGAGGUAAACAGGUGGCAACCACACCUAUAGAGGUAAACAGGUGGCAGGUUGUUGCUAUUAUUGAGAACAUUGUGUAUAUUUUUUAUGCUGUGUAUUCAUGUUAUGUCAGUCUCAUGUACAAAUUGAAAAUCUGAACAGUUUUUGUUGUCAUUUUGAAUCUGUAUAGGUAAUAAAGUAAUACCAUUUAUAUAUUUACUCAA